AGGACCCGGGUCUCCGGGCCGGGUGCUCUCUUGCACCGAGCGGUCAGAGCUCCUGCUCCCUCUGGGCCUGCUGCAGCUGGUGGCUCUGCUUCUGCUUCAGGCCCCUCUUCUAUCCCCACCUUACCGCCAUGGGCCCCUCGGUACACCCGAACGGAUGGGACGUUCGUGAAACCGAACGAGACCAUGCUGAAGGAUGGCCAGACCGCUAUGGCCUACUACAGGAGCAUGUGGACUCCGAAGGACCUUGAGGCGGCAAAGGGCCUUUCCCAGAAGGAUGUGUUCAGCCGCUUUCCCCAAUCUGCUAUGGAGACAUUGUUCGGAAUGAUGGCCAUGCAGAAGCAGGUGGAGAUGGGGAACGCCAGGGCCCGCAAGUUUUCUGACAGCCUGGAGGUGGCUAAUAAAGAAAACGACCUCCUCGCCAUGAAGAAUACCGAGGUACUGGCUCGGCUUGACAAAACCGAGCAAGAGAGAGAUGUCCUGAAGAAGGAGAAUGAUUCCCUUCAGGAUGAGAAGGACGCCCUCCAGCUUGAGAAGAGCGUCUGGCAGACCGAGCGGGAAUCGAUUAGAGAAGAGAAGGUGAGACGGCUGUUGGGGCCGAGGAGGCGAGUCGGCACGACCAGGAUGCUGUUGGUACUGAAGCGUCUGGCUAGGGCUCCUUUGAAUUCUUCCAUUCCAUAUCUUUUUGUAAUGAUGGACAUCUCUCUUUUGUAA